AUGGCUAUCGCCAUCUGGAAUACGCGAGAUGUCAUCUCAUUGUUCCAGCAAUAUGGCACCGCUCUGCUCGCCGCGGCCCUCGGCGCCUGGGGUUGCUACAUCAUAUCCCUCGUCGUUCAUAGAUUGUAUCUAAGUCCCUUGGCUAAAUUCCCCGGUCCGAAGCUUGCCGCGCUCACGUCGUGGUACGAAAUCUACUACAACAUCUUCAAGAAGGGUGGUGGGCAGUACAUCUUCAGGAUUAAGCAGAUGCAUGAGAAAUAUGGCCCUAUCGUACGGAUAAACCCGUUCGAGCUUCACAUAGAUGACCCGGCAUACUUCGAUGUCGUGUACGCGACAAACAAGCAGUUCGACAAGGUCGAGAUGUUCGCCCGUAGCAUCGGCGCGCCGCUCGCAGCUUUCGGGACCGUCGAGGCCGGCAAGCAUCGUCAGCGCCGGGGUGCCAUGGCGGCCUUCUACAGCCGAGCCAGGUCACGGGACCACGGCCACCGAGUCCAGGUGGUUGUCGAUCGCAUCUCUCGUCGCUUCUCGACCGAGUACGCUGGCACUAACAAGGUCGUAAACCUCUCCUACGUGUGGGGAUCGCUGUCGAGCGACGUCAUCAUGGAAGUGGCAUUUGCUCGCCCCAAGCUGUUUACUGAGGCCCCCGACUUCAAGAGCUCCUUGGCGAUAGGGCUGUCGGAUCUGCUGUACACUAGUCACGUUUUCAUGCAUUUCAGCACUAUACAGUAUCUGGUAUCCGCCUUGCCGGGUUGGCUCACGAAGACGUUCGUACCGCCGAUCAAGUCGGUCGUCGAAGCCCAGGAGGAAAUCGGAAGCCAAGUAGCCGACAUGGUGGGCGGCCGAAACAACGAGGCCAAGGAAUCACCUCUGCCCACUCUGUACCGCGACAUUCUCACAUCCCGACUACCACCCGAGGAGCUGACGUACCCGCGGCUACGGGACGAAGCUAUUUCUACUAUCGCCGCCGGAAUCGACACCACGAAGUGGACGUUGAGCGUCGCUUGCUACCACAUCCUAGCCAACCCUGAGGUCCAGCGACGUCUGCGAGCGGAGCUCAAUGAGAGGAUCCCUGACCCGAACCAGAUCCCCGAUUGGUUCGAGCUGGAAACAUUCACGUAUCUAAAUGCCAUCGUCAACGAGAGUCUCCGCCUAGCCUGCGCCGUAAGCGAGCGCAUGCCGCGCAUCAACAAGACGGCGCCGUGGACGUACCGGGACUUCGUGAUCCCGCCGGGCGUGCCGAUCGGGAUGGACAUAUGGACGAUGCACCACAACGCGGUGCUGUUCCCGGAGCCGAGCGUCUUCAAGCCGGAGCGGUGGCUCGGGGACCCCAAGGUGGAGCCCGAGCUGCUCGAGAAGGCCGGGUACCUCCCGCCGCUGGACGGGAAGACGAAGCCGCUGACGCACUACAUGGUGGGCUUCGGCAAGGGCACCCGCAUGUGCGUGGGCAUGUACCUCGCGUACGCGGAGAUCUACAUCGGGCUGGCGACGAUAUUCCGCCGGCACGAGCUCGAGCUGUACGAGACCACGCGCAGGGACGUGGAUAUCGCGUGCGAGAUGAUCUUGUCGCUGCCGUGGAAGGGGACGAAGGGGAUUCGCGUUAGGGUUAAGAAAUGA